AUGUCUGAGAAGAAGAACGAUGUCGUCAUGCUCGAGCAGACGAUGACUCGGGAUGAAGAGCUCAUGAAGCCUGUGCCCAUUGUCGGCAAGGUGGAUUACUCUGGUGCUUACGAGAAGACUGAUCCCCGAGAGAUUGCGCUUGUCAAGAAGCUCGACCGAUGGAUUAUGCCCAUGUUGUGGAGCAUGUACUGGCUCAAUUACCUUGACCGCAAUGCCAUUGCACUGGCCCGCCUCGACGACCUCGAAGAGGAUCUCAACCUCACCAGCGAACAGUACCAAACCUGCGUGUCCAUUCUCUUCGUCGGCUACCUCCUCGGCCAAAUCCCCAGCAACAUGUUCCUCAACCGAACCCGCCCAUCGCGCUACAUGGGCUGCUGCAUGAUGCUCUGGGCCGUCGUCUCCGCCCUAACAGCCCUCUCCAAAGAUUUCACCGGCCUCCUCCUAACCCGCUUCUUCCUCGGUGUAACAGAAGCCCCCUACUACCCCGGUGCUGUCUACCUGCUCUCCAUGUUCUACACCCGCAAGGAAGUCGCCACCCGCAUUGCCAUCCUCUACACCGGAAACAUCCUCGCGACCGCCUUCGCCGGCCUCAUCGCCGCUGGCAUCUUCCACGGCCUCGGCGACGUCGCUGGCAUCACGGGAUGGCGUUGGCUGUUCAUUCUCCAGGGUGCUGUCACAUUUGUCAUCGCCGUUGUUGGGUUUUUCUUGCUCCCUGACUUCACUCACAACACAUGGUGGCUCACACAAGAAGAGCGCGACCUAGCCACCAACCGCAUGGCCCUCGACACCGUCGGCAACAAAGGCGAGACAUCCGUCUGGGCUGGUUUCCGCCAAGCGGGCAAGGACCCCAUGGUCUGGAUCUUCGCUUUCAUGGCUCACAUGCAUCUUGCCGCCAACGGGUUCAAGAACUUCUUCCCUACCGUUGUCCAGACGCUUGGGUUUAGCAAGACUAUCACCUUGGUUUUGACCUGCCCGCCUUACCUCAUUGCUGGUGUCGUCACGAUUGCUGUCUCGUGGUCUUCUGGAAAGUUCAACGAGCGCACUUGGCAUAUUACUAUUUCCAAAGCCGUUGCUACCUUUGGCUUUGGACUGGCUUGUGCUGAGAUUGGUACUGCGGGUCGUUACGUCGCUAUGAUCAUCUUCACCAUUGGCACUUAUGGUGUUAAUUCGCUCAUCCUGGGUUGGUGUGGAUCGACAUGCGGUCAGACGCCUGAGAAGAAGGCUGUUGCUAUCGGUAUCGUGACGACGGUUAUGAACGCUUCGUUUAUCUGGACACCAUACCUAUGGCCCAAGUCCGACGAGCCUCGCUACAUCAUCGCGCUCAGCUCCUCUGCUGCGUUCUCCGUUAUGACUGCGCUGUUGGCGUGGGUGGCGAAGAUUCUCUUUACCCGCAAGAACAAGAAGCUCAGGGAGCAGGAUAGCGAGAACAUGACCUUCUACGUGUACUAG